AUGCCUACAACUUGUGUAAGUUGUGGUCGCGUUCAUGAUGUAAAUAUUAAUUUAACCAAUUGGCAAAGACAUGUUAAUGCUUGCAAAAAGCGAAAAUCAUCAAAAAAUUAUAACAACCACACACUGACAGAAUUUUUGAUUCCAAAAAAACCAAAAACUCAUCAGGAUAAUGAUUUCAGUAAAAUUACUAAAGAAAUACAUGUGAAUAACACUGUUGCAACAACAGACAUCAGUAAAGAAAACAGAAUCAAUUGUAACAACGCAGUUGAAGGAUUCAGUGAAAAUAUUGAUGAAUCAUUAUAUAGUAAAAAUGAAGGUAUAGAUUUAAAAGUUGUCACUGAAGAUACCAAUCCUACAGAUUUCAGUAAAAUUACUAAAGAAAUACAUGUGAAUAACACUGUUGCAACAACAGACAUCAGUAAAGAAAACAGAAUCAAUUGUAACAACGCAGUUGAAGGAUUCAGUGAAAAUAUUGAUGAAUCAUUAUAUAGUAAAAAUGAAGGCAUAGAUUUAGAAGUUGUCACUGAAGAUACCAAUCCUACAGGAGAGGCUUUUAUUGAUGCUUCUAAUAACAACUUUUGCUUUGAAGAAUAUAUGCCAAAGAUAUCCAAUAAUGAUCCAGCUCUUAUUCCAGAAAAUGUAUCUUCUAAUCAAUUAUCAUAUUUUGUUGAAUUAGGACCAUGUCAACCUAAUCCUUUAGAAUUAGAAGAUAAAGUAUUUCCAAAAACUUUUGAAAAAAAUGGUAAAUUUCGCUCAUUUCAUGCAAGUUAUUAUUACAAAACAGUACUAAAUCAAGCUCCUUGUAAACGCUGGUGGUUGUCUUAUUCUCUUUCAAAAAAUAAAAUAUUCUGUAUUUCAUGCAAGUUGUUUGGGUUGCCAAAGGCAAAGAAAACUAAUAUUGUUUCAAAUGGUUCUGGAGAUUGGAAAAAUAUUAGUAGAAUUAUAGAAAACCAUGAAAUACUCCCAGAUCAUUUGCAUUCUGAAAUUAGUAGGAGCCUCUUCUCAAAAAACCUUAGAUUAGAUUUAAAGCUACCCUUGGUGCUUUCUGCGAAUCGGCAAGUAGCUGAAAAUCGGCAAGUAGUUAAAAUCAUUAUUGAUGCAAUUAUAUAUACAGCACGGCAAAACAUAGCUUUGAGGGGCCAUGAUGAAAGUAGAAAAUCACUUAAUAAAGGAAAUUUUUUGGAAUUAGUUGAUUUAUUAGCAAACUACCAUGCACCAUUACAAAUACAUCUUGAUAAAAUUAAUGCUAAAUCCCAUAACCGUCUUACAUUCAUGUCAAAUGUCACACAAAAUACCAUACUAGACAUUUUAAAAGAACAAAUACGUUCUUCUAUUAUAAAUGAAAUUAAAAUGUCAAAAAUGUUUUCUAUUAUAAUUGAUACUACCACUGAUGUUGCCAAUCUUGAACAAUUCACUUUGAUUGCUAGAUACGUUUUUGAAGGGAUUAUUCAAGAAAAACUAAUUUCUCUGGUAACAGCUGAAGAUGGAACGGGAAGAGGAUUAUUUGAAGUAUUUUGUAAUAUUUCUAAAAAAUAUGAUUUGAAUUGGAAAGAACAAUUAUAUGCUCAAUCAUAUGACGGAGCAGCAUCGAUGCAAGGUGAAUAUUCAGGCCUCCGCACAUUAAUUCAGCUAGAAAAUCCAAGGGCAAAAUACAUAUGGUGUUUUGCACACCGCUUAAAUUUAGUUAUUGUAGAUACAGCUGAUUCUAGUGUACACACUAGACAAUUUCUUGGUGAUCUUCAAGCAUUAAUUGGAUUUAUGAGAGCUAGAAAGAGAACAUCGGAGUUUGUUAAGUACCAAAAACUCAUUUAUCCUACUGAAAGAAUCCGUAGAAUAAAAUCAUUUUCCACAACGAGAUGGACUUCUCAUGACCGUGUUAUCAUUGUUAUUUUUGAAAAAUAUAAAGCAUUAUAUGAAACUUUAGAAUGUUUACUUAAGUCAACUGACAGAGUUACAUCAUCUGGUGCAAAGAAUUUUCUGAAUGUAAUAUCAUCGUUUGAUUUUGUUAUAACAAUGAUAUUAUUAAGAAAAAUAUUUUCUAUUACAACACCACUAUCAAACUACUUACAAUCUAAAUCAGUAGACUUUAUUGAAGCUCUGCGUUUAAUCAAUACUUCUAAAGAACAAUUAGCUAAGAUGAGAAGUGACAAAAAAUAUGAGGAUAUGGUAAAAGAAGCAAAACAAUUUGCUAACCAUCAUAAUCUAACAGAAGUAGACUUUAAAGAAUCAAGAAAACGUACUAAAAAAAUUUUACCUGGAGAAAAAGCUUCCGAUGAAGUACAGAGCUCAUCAUUCGACAAGUAUCGAUGUCAUACAUACUUUACAGUUUUGGACAAAGUAAUUACUUCAAUUCAAUCUCGAUUCAAUGACUCUAACAAUAUAUUAAAAGAUUUUACACUUUUAUCACCAGAAAGAUUAAGGAAAUUUAAAAAUGAAAAUCAACAUCUUCCUCAAGAUAGUUUUGCUGACCUAGUGGCUUGGUUACCAGAAAUUGAUAUAAAUCAACUACGUAAUGAGUAUAUUAUUUUUUCUAAAAGUUUUGAUGAUCUUACAUCAGGUAUAGAUUUACCUACUUUGUUGCAUUGCCCAGAAUCAAUUUCAUCAAGUGAAAGUUGUGAAGAAGAAGAAAAAAAUAUAACUCAAGAUGAACAAAUUAAUAUGACAAAAAUUGGUGUUAGUACUAUUCUUUAUACAUUGUCCAAGUAUGAUUUGUCAGCAGCGUUUCCCAAUUUGUAUAUAGCAUACAAAGUCUUAGGGACUAUACCAGUUACAUCUGCAUCUGCGGAAAGAUCAUUUUCCAAAGUUAAACUUAUUAAGACACGUUUACGUUCUACAAUGGAUCAGGGACGUUUGGAAAGCUUAAUGUUUUUGAGCUGUGAAAGGGACAUCAAAAUUAAUUAUGAAGAGACAAUAACACUCUUGGGAAAAUCAUCCGAUGUGUUAAAAAAAGCAUUAUUAUUUAAAUGA